UGACAUCGCCGUGUAUACGUGGCAGCGUGACGAACUAAUAUCGGCUCCGACCGUGGGGCGCUCGCCAGGACUCUGGCUUCCACCACUCCUGCCAAAGACGAGCAGUUCCCAGCAGUGGGGCCGCAACAAUCCGGAAUUUCUCAGUGUCCUGGAGCUGUCGUCAGACUCGAGAGCCGUCAAUGAUUUGUUGGAUCACCGUGCUUUAGUCUCGAUAGACCCGCAAGUAGGGCAGCUGCGGUUCACUCUGACACACCCUACC